CAACAUGGCGUUUCUCUCCUCGACGACCGCACUGACUGCAACCUGCCAAUGAGAGAGGGAGAGAGACAAGAGAGAGGAGAGAGAAACCAUUCUGUCAAACCUCCAUCCCUUGUUUUUCCAGCCCUAUGAAUCCCUACACAUUUUCAGGAGGAUAGGGUUGAAUUUUUGAACCGCCGCGCUCCUCCUUUGUUUUUCCUGCGCAGUGGAUGGUUGUUGUGCGGCAGCAGGUGUGAGAGACAGCGGCGACCGCUCCUCUCCUCCACUGUUUCCAAGGGGAAAUGUCGAGCGAGAAGCCGGUUUCAGCACCUGCUUCUUCGCUCACGGACACAGACUCGCAUCCUCCUCCGGGCUCUUCCGUGCAGCCGCAGCAGCAGCAGCAGGUCGCCGCGGGCGCUGGCUCCGUCACCACCGUCACCACCACCGGGGAAAGGAUGGUGUCUUCAGCCGGCUCUAUGGUCCUCCCGGCCGGCGUGAUCAACCCCGCCGUCCCGAUCAGGAAUAUCCAGAUGAAAUUCGCCGUGUUGGUGGGCCUGAUCCAGGUCGGCGAGGUUAGCAACAGGGACAUCGUGGAGACGGUGCUGAACCUGCUGGUGGGUGGCGAGUUUGACCUGGAGAUGAACUUCAUCAUCCAGGAGGCGGAGAGCAUCGGUUGCAUGGUGGAGCUGCUGUCCCACUGCGAGGUGACGUGCCAGGCCGAGAUCUGGAGCAUGUUCACCGCCAUCCUCCGCAAGAGCGUGCGCAACCUGCAGACCAGCACCGAGGUCGGGCUCAUCCAGCAGGUGCUGCUCAAGAUGAGCACCGUGGACGACAUGAUCGCAGACCUCCUGGUGGACAUGCUGGGAGUUAUGGCCAGUUACAGCAUCACAGUCAAGGAGCUGAAGCUGCUCUUCAGUAUGCUGAGGGGAGACAACGGCAUCUGGCCGAGACAUGCCAUCAAGCUCUUGUCAGUGUUGAACCAGAUGCCUCAGAGACAUGGUCCUGAUACCUUCUUCAACUUCCCAGGACGCAGUGCGGCGGCCAUAGCAUUGCCGCCAAUUGCCAAAUGGCCUUACCAGAACGGAUUCACCAUCAACACUUGGUUCAGACAAGAUCCACUAAACAACAUCAAUGUGGAUAAAGACAAACCAUACCUCUAUUGUUUUCGCACCAGUAAAGGAAUAGGUUACUCCGCUCACUUUGUGGGAAACUGUCUCAUCGUGACAUCGUUGAAGUCAAAAGGAAAAGGCUUUCAGCACUGUGUGAAAUAUGAUUUCCAACCCCGCAAGUGGUACAUGAUCAGCAUCGUCCACAUCUACAACCGCUGGAGGAACUCCGAGAUCCGUUGCUAUGUCAACGGUCAACUGGUCUCCUACGGCGACAUGGCCUGGCACGUCAACACCAAUGAUAGCUAUGACAAGUGUUUCCUGGGUUCAUCAGAGACAGCGGAUGCUAACAGGGUAUUCUGUGGUCAGCUGGGAGCCAUUUACGUAUUCAGUGAAGCUCUCAACCCGGCUCAGAUCUUUGCCAUUCACCAACUUGGCCCAGGAUACAAGAGCACUUUCAAGUUCAAGUCAGAGAGUGACAUCCACCUGGCCGAGCACCACAAGCAGGUGUUGUACGAUGGCAAGCUGGCCAGCUCCAUCUCCUUCACCUACAACGCCAAGGCGACGGACGCCCAGCUCUGCCUGGAGUCGUCGCCGAGGGAAAACGCCUCCAUCUUCGUCCACUCGCCACACGCACUCAUGCUACAGGAUGUGAAGGCCAUUGUUACCCACUCCAUCCACAGUGCCAUCCACUCUAUAGGAGGCAUCCAGGUCCUGUUCCCUCUCUUCGCUCAGCUGGACUACAAACAGCUCAAUGACUGCAGCGUGGACACCACAGUCUGUGCCACUCUGCUGGCGUUCCUGGUGGAGCUGUUGAAGAGCUCAGUGGCGAUGCAGGAGCAGAUGCUGGGAGGGAAGGGCUUUCUAGUGAUUGGAUACCUGCUCGAGAAGUCGUCACGAGUCCACAUCACCAGGGCGGUACUUGAACAGUUCUUGUCCUUCGCCAAGUAUCUGGAUGGUUUACCUCAUGGAGCGCCUCUCCUCAAACAGCUCUGUGACCAUGUCCUCUUCAACGCUGCCAUCUGGAUACACACCCCUGCCAAGGUCCAACUAUCCCUCUACACAUACCUGUCAUCGGAGUUCAUUGGCACCGCCACCAUCUACACUACCAUCCGCCGCGUGGGCACCGUCCUGCAGCUGAUGCACACUCUCAAGUACUACUACUGGGCCAUCAACCCGCUGGAGUGCAGCGGAAUCACCCCCAAAGGUCUUGAAGGACCACGACCAUCCCAAAAGGAGAUCAUCUCGCUCAGAGCCUUCAUGCUUCUCUUCCUCAAACAACUCAUACUAAAGGACCGAGGCGUGAAGGAGGACGAGCUGCAAAGCAUCCUCAACUACCUAUUGACCAUGCAUGAGGAUGAGAAUAUCCACGACGUGCUCCAGCUGUUGGUGGCUCUUAUGUCUGAACACCCAGCGUCCAUGAUCCCUGCGUUUGACCAGAGAAAUGGAAUAAGGGUGAUCUGCAAGCUCCUGGCCUCCAAGAGCGAGAGUAUCCGGGUCCAAGCCCUCAAAGUCCUGGGCUACUUCCUCAAGCACCUUGGUCACAAGAGGAAGGUAGAGAUCAUGCACACGCACAGUCUGUUCACACUGCUGGGGGAGAGGCUCAUGAUGCACACCAACACUGUCUCUGUCACCACCUACAACACUCUGUAUGAGAUUCUGACAGAGCAGGUCUGCACUCAGGUGGUUCACAAACCCCACCCUGAGCCCGACUCCACUGUCAAGAUCCAGAAUCCCAUGAUUCUAAAGGUAGUGGCCACCCUGCUGAAGAACUCCUCUCCCAGCCCUGAGCUGAUGGAAGUCAGAAGACUCUUUCUUUCUGACAUGAUAAAACUCUUCAGUAACAGCCGCGAAAACCGGCGCUGCCUGCUGCAGUGCUCUGUGUGGCAGGACUGGAUGUUCUCCCUCGGGUACAUCAACCCAAAAAACCCAGAGGAGCAGAAAAUAACCGAGAUGGUGUACAACAUCUUUAGGAUCCUGCUCUACCACGCCAUCAAAUACGAAUGGGGCGGGUGGAGGGUCUGGGUUGAUACCCUAUCCAUCGCACACUCCAAGGUGACCUACGAAGCCCAUAAAGAGUACUUGGCUAAGAUGUACGAAGAGUACCAGCGCCAGGAGGAGGAAAACAUGAAGAAAGGGAAGAAAGGCUCCGUGUCCACCAUCUCGGGGCUUUCGGCCACGCCCGCCCCCGUCGUCAAUGGCAACCUGGAGAUCGACGACAACUCCCAGACGCAAACACCUGAAAGCGAGGCCGAGUACAGCGAGGGGGCUGGCGGAGACUCGCGCAACCUCCUCGCAGAAGGUGCCGUGAAGCGACCCAACGGAGAAGCCCUGACUCCCGGGGAGCAGAGCACCGGUCCCGGGGUGAGGGUGGAGGUCCACGACCUGCUGGUAGACAUUAAAGCAGAGAAGGUAGAGGCCACAGAGGUGAAGUUGGAUGACCUGGAUUUGUCUCCAGAAGGCCUCAGUGGAGGUGUGGGUGGAGGAGGUGGGGGAGGAAUAGAGAACGGACCUCUGGUAGAGGUGGACUCUCUCCUGGACAGUGCUUACUGCGCUGUGGUUCAAAACCUUAAUGGGAAUCUGGCGCCUAAAGAUGACACGGCAGGCUCGGGGGUCGGGAUGGGGUCAAGCCUGGGGCUUUCGGGAGUCAGCCUGGAGGAUGAUGGGAAUAUGGGUCCGCUCAUCACAUUGGCUGACGAGAAGGACAUUGUCCCGAGCAACAACGGAUUUCUCUUCAGCAAGGUUGACGAGAAGCUGCUUCCAGCUCUGGCAGCCACAGACCCACUUGUACUGCCGAGUCCAGACCAGCCCACUCCGUCCGGCCCAGUCCCGGCUCACUCCACCACCAGCGCCAGUGAUGACCUCAGCCUGCUGGCCCACAUGACUAGCUGCGGCUCUGAUUUAACGCAGACCCAGAGCCACACGUCUGGGGAACUUCUAGAGGAUGGGCCCUUCAAGAUCCAGAGCCCUCUGGCUGACAUCAGCUCUAUCGCUGAGGCUGAGAGCCAAGCCCUGAUCCAGGCAGCCUCCAGACAAGAUUUCCCAGAGGGAGAGGGCACAUCCGGGGCAGAGGGAGAGGUUAAGACUGGGGGUGACACAGCCAGCACCACCUCGGAUACAGAGAGGUCGGAUGAUGGGAAAGACAAGGAUACUAAGAAGAUACAAACUACUGCGACCACUCAGGCCCUCCAUGGUCGUACCGCAGCCCAGCUGGAGCGGGACCUACGCGUUGAUCUGGGUUUCAGGGGCAUGCCCAUGACGGAGGAGCAGCGGCGGCAGUUCAGCCCCGGCCCACGCACGACCAUGUUCCGCAUCCCAGAAUUCAAGUGGUCUCCGAUGCACCAGAGGUUGCUCACGGACCUGCUGUUCGCCCUGGAGACUGACGUGCAUGUGUGGAGAAGCCACUCCACCAAGUCGGUUAUGGAUUUUGUGAACAGCAAUGAGAACAUCAUCUUCGUCCACAACACGAUCCACCUCAUUUCUCAGAUGGUGGACAACAUCAUCAUCGCCUGUGGAGGCAUCCUGCCUCUCCUGUCUGCUGCCACCUCCCCUUCUAGUUCUAAGAGUAGUGCCAACACUAAGGCAGGAGGAGACGGACCCCAGAGGGGGUCAAAGGGAGAGGAGGUGACCCCUGUUCCUGGGGGAGGAGGCGCAGGGGGAGAGACGGAGUUGGAGAACAUCGAAGCAACACAGGGCAUGUCUUCAGAGACGGCGGUCACCUUCCUGUCUCGUCUCAUGGCCAUGGUGGACGUACUAGUGUUCGCCAGCUCUCUCAACUUCAGCGAGAUUGAAGCAGAGAAGAACAUGUCGUCAGGAGGGCUGAUGAGGCAAUGCCUCCGCCUGGUAUGCUGCGUGGCGGUGAGGAACUGUCUGGAGUGCAGGCAGAGACAGAGAGAACGAAGCUGCAAGUCCUCCUUAACCAGCAGCAAGUCACAGGACAACCUCCACAGUGCCUCCAAUACCAGCAAGCAGGAUCCAGACAGACUCCUGCAGGAUGUAGACAUCAAUCGUCUUCGAGCUGUGGUUUUCAGAGAUGUGGAUGACAGUAAGCAGGCUCAGUUUCUGGCGCUGGCAGUCGUCUACUUUAUCUCAGUCCUCAUGGUAUCCAAGUACCGGGACAUUUUGGAACCCCAGCGAGAGAUUGGCAGAUCCACCAGCCUAUCAGGGAGAAGCAUCCGCCACGAGAUCAACUCCCCGACCAGUACAGAGCACCCAUCCACAGCCUUCUCUGACAAACAGAUCCCCACCCCCGUGGACGACUCCCCCCGGGCUGGCCUCCCGCACACAGACUCAGGCAUCGGAGAGGAGGGCCACGUGGCCGGAUCCCUGAACGGCUCGGAGAUGGGUCUGGGGCUCGGCCUCGGCCUGGUGGGGAGAGAGACGGACAGAGACAGAGACAGAGACAUGGGGGGAGGAGGUGGGGGAGGAGGCACGGAUCUAUUGUGUAGUCUGUCUGAUGUUAGGAGGUCACAGGAGAGCCUUCUGGAUUCUCCCCACAACCCCAACUCCAGCCAAGCUCCGCCUUCGUCCAUCUCCAGCAUCAGCCAAACCAACAAAGGCAUCAAUGUCAAGGAGAUCCUGAAGAGCCUAGUGGCGGGUCCGGUUGAUGGCGGGGAUUUGGGACAGGAGUCCGGACCGACGCCCUAUCACCCAGACCCGGCCCUGAAGACGCACCCCAUGCUGCCCAUGCAGUUCCACUCAUUCGACAGGAGUGUUAUGGUUCCGGUCAAAAAGCCGCCACCUGGCAGCCUGUCCGUCAACACGGUGGGCACGCCCACCACUAGUGGAGCAGCCACCGCCGGCAGCACGCCCAACAUUUUCGCCGCUGCGACAGCAACACCCAAGAGCAUGAUCAACACUACAGGUGCCACAGACUCUGCCUCCUCUUCCUCCUCCUCUUCCUCGUCGUUUGUCAACGGUGCGACUAGUAAGAAUCUGCCAGCGGUGCAGACGGUGGCGCCCAUGCCAGAGGACAGUAUGGAGAAUAUGAGCAUCACCACCAAGCUGGAGCGCGCCCUGGAGAAGGUGGCGCCCCUGCUGAGGGAGAUUUUUGUAGACUUUGCUCCCUUCCUGUCCAGAACGCUGCUGGGUAGCCAUGGGCAGGAACUGCUCAUAGAAGGUCUGGUGUGCAUGAAGUCUAGCACGUCUGUGGUGGAGCUCGUAAUGCUGCUCUGUUCUCAGGAGUGGCAAAACUCCAUUCAGAAGAACGCUGGACUGGCCUUCAUUGAGCUUAUCAACGAGGGAAGACUUCUGUGCCACGCCAUGAAAGAUCAUAUUGUGCGUGUUGCCAACGAAGCAGAGUUCAUCCUGAACAGACAGAGGGCGGAGGAUGUACACAAGCACGCUGAAUUUGAGUCUAACUGCGCCCAGUACGCUGCGGACCGGAGAGAGGAGGAGAAAAUGUGCGACCACCUCAUCAGCGCCGCCAAGCACAGAGAUCACGUGACCGCUAACCAGCUGAAACAGAAGAUCCUCAACAUCCUGACCAAUAAGCACGGAGCGUGGGGGACAAUGUCACAGAGCCAACUACAUGACUUCUGGCGUCUAGACUACUGGGAGGACGACCUGAGAAGGAGAAGGAGAUUCGUGCGAAAUGCCUCCGGGUCCACUCACGCCGAUGUGACACUCAAAGCUCUGGAGGACUACGGUUCAGAAGAAGACGAGGAGGGGCUUAAGUCGAAGAAAACUUACCGCAGCCAAUCAGUGGUCACCCAGAACCCAGAGGCAGAGUUAAUGCUGGAGGGAGAUGAUGACGCCGUCAGCCUGCUGCAGGAAAAAGAGAUUGACAACCUCGCUGGCCCUGUGGUUCUGAGUACUCCAGCUCAGUUGGUAGCCCCAGUUGUGGUGGCUCGAGGCACUCUGUCCAUCACUACCACUGAGAUCUACUUUGAGGUGGACGAAGAGGAUCCUACAUUCAAGACGACUGACGCUAAAGUACUGGCCUACUCAGAGGGUCUGCACGGCAAAUGGAUGUUCAGCGAGAUCCGAGCCGUGUUCUCCAGACGCUACCUGCUGCAGAAUACCGGAUUAGAGGUCUUCAUGGCCAACAGAACGUCUGUGAUGUUUAACUUCCCUGACCCGGCCACAGUCAAAAGGGUGGUCUAUAGUCUCCCACGGGUCGGGGUAGGAACGAGUUACGGCCUGCCACAGGCCAGGCGGAUUUCCUUGGCCACCCCUCGUCAGCUCUUCAAGUCGUCCAACAUGACACAGCGCUGGCAGAGGAGAGAGAUCUCCAACUUUGAGUACCUCAUGUUCCUCAACACUAUUGCAGGGAGGACCUAUAAUGAUUUGAACCAGUACCCCAUCUUUCCCUGGGUCUUGACCAACUAUGAUUCAGAGGAGCUCGACCUCACUCUACCUGGCAACUUCAGAGACCUCUCCAAGCCAAUCGGUGCACUGAAUCCCAAGCGAGCGGCGUUUUACGCAGAACGCUACGAGACGUGGGACGACGACGGCACGCCUCCUCACCACUAUACAACCCUGUACUCCACUGCUCAUUCAACACUGAUGUGGAUGCUCAGAAUAGAGCCCUUCACCACGUUUUUCCUCAACGCUAACGAUAACAAGUUCGACCAUCCGGAGAGAGCCUUCUCUGGCAUCGGCUGCUCGUGGAGGAACUGCCAGAGGGACACGGCUGAUGUCAAGGAGCUGAUCCCAGAGUUCUACUACUUGCCUGAGAUGUUCGUUAACAGUAACGAGUACGAGCUCGGGUUGCGCGAUGAUGGCGUUUCUGUGUGUGACGUGGAGCUUCCCGCCUGGGCCAAGAAACCUGAAGACUUUGUCCGCAUUAACCGGAUGGCGUUGGAGAGUGAGUUUGUGUCGUGCCAGCUUCACCAGUGGAUCGAUCUAAUAUUUGGCUACAAGCAGCGAGGGCCAGAAGCAGUCCGAGGUCUCAACGUGUUCAACUUCCUGUCCUACGAGGGAGCAAUCAACCUAGACAAUGCAGACGCUUCGCAACGGGAGGUGGUUGAGUCCCAGAUUCAGGCAUGUGGUCAAAUCCCCUCCCAGCUGCUGAUCGAGCCUCAUCCACCUCGCUCCUCCGCCAUGCACCUGUGUUUCCUUCCCCAGAGCCCACUGAUGUUUAAGGAUCAGAUGCAGCAGGACGUCAUCAUGGUGCUCAAGUUCCCCUCCAACUCCCCCGUCACUCACGUCGCUGCCAACACGCUCCCCCACCUCAGUAUACCAGCAGCCGUCACCGUCACGUGUAGCCGGCUGUUUGCCGUCAACCGCUGGCACAACACUGUCGGCCUCCGUGGAGCUCCAGGAUACUCCCUAGAGCAGGCUCAUCAUCUACCCAUUGAGAUGGACCCUCUCAUAGCAAACAACUCAGGCGUGAACAAGCGUCAGAUCACCGACCUCGUGGACCAGAGCAUCCAGAUCAACACGCAUUGUUUUGUGGUCACCGCCGACAAUCGCUACAUCCUUGUCUGCGGCUUCUGGGACAAGAGCUUCCGUGUUUACUCCACUGAAACGGGAAAGCUGACCCAGAUUGUUUUUGGCCACUGGGAUGUAGUGACAUGUCUGGCCAGGUCAGAGUCCUAUAUCGGCGGAGACUGCUACAUCGUGUCAGGCUCAAGAGAUGCCACUCUUCUUCUGUGGUACUGGAGUGGACGGCACCACAUUAUUGGGGACAACCCUAACAACAGUGACUACCCUGCUCCCAGGGCGGUACUGACAGGACAUGACCACGAGGUGGUGUGUGUGUCUGUCUGUGCAGAGCUGGGGCUGGUCAUCAGUGGAGCUAAAGAGGGCCCGUGCCUGGUCCACACCAUCACAGGGGAUCUGCUCAGGGCCCUGGAGGGGCCAGAGCUGUGUCAGCGGCCCCGCCUCAUCUCAGUGUCCAGCGAGGGCCACUGCAUCAUCUACUAUGAGAGAGGCCGCUUCUGCAACUUCAGCAUAAAUGGGAAACUGCUGGCACAAAUGGAGGUCAACGAUUCCACACGGGCGAUCCUGUUGAGCAGCGACGGACAGAACUUGGUGACAGGAGGUGAUAACGGAGUUGUGGAAGUUUGGCAGGCAUGCGACUUCAAACAGCUUUACAUCUAUCCAGGCUGCGACGCAGGCAUCCGCGCCAUGGACCUCUCACAUGACCAGAGGACUCUGAUCACUGGCAUGGCGUCCGGCAGCAUUGUGGCGUUCAACAUAGACUUCAACCGCUGGCACUACGAACACCAGAACAGGUACUGAGGUGGACAGCGUGAGGAAGAGGAGGACGGAGAGAGGAGAGGAGAACAAGAGGGGAGAGGAGGUGGUGCAUUCUGCUGUGUAUCUGCGACGCGGGGGAAACUAAAGGUACCGAGAGGAAGGAAAAACAAGAACCGGACCUUAGGCUCUAAUCCCUUGUGAAGCUUACUUGAUUUGAGGAUGCGGCAGCGCUGGUGGAAAUAACUUCCUCUGUGCAUACGUACACGCACGUGUGUAACCACAGACACAUAAAACCCCGGAGAUACACACCAAAACCUGCUAAUAAAAUAGACUGCAGACUGGGGGAAAGAGAGCAAGUCAAGCAGACCUUGUAGAGGUCGAUCAUACCCGUACCACUCACAGGACUGGUGCAGUUCCUGGUACGCUUAAUGCUUCACAGACAAAGAACCUAAGUUUUGUUUUCCCUUUAUAUUUUUCUUCUUUAUCAAUUUUACUUUUCUUAUAAGGGGAGUUCAUUUUGGGAAUUAUUGGGUGGACUAUAAAUUAAGACUCCUUCAAUGUGUCUAAACUGAUUAGAAAUGGUCAGAAAUGAACCAGCCCCACCCACUGUUCAAAAACCGGUGCUAUUGGCUUGAUCUUAAAAUUCACCCUCGAAAAAUUGCCUGGGGUUAUGAUUUUAUCUUAUUUGAUUUUAUCUGGUUUUAUUUCCUUUUAUUAUUUUUUUUCUUCUUUUACCCGCAGCAGGGUUAAAUCGGAUUCUUAUGUAAAUAAGGCUCUGCUUCCUUCGGAGUCUACACGUGUUCUUUCACUACACAAACUGCGCUUAUCACCUUUAAUUUAUUAAUGACUUGCUGUAUGUAAAAUAUUGUGUAAUAAUUAUUAUAAUGUUGACAAGACUGAUGAUAAAAACGGCAGUGUCAAGGAUGGUGAUUGUUUUGCCGGAGAUGGUAAUGAUAAAGAGGUCUUGCCAGCGCCACCGAGGACGACAACCACAAGACUGACAUGAUUUCCUUUGUAUAUUUGGUGAUUGUUUUGUCAAAUAUGUACAUAUAGUCUUGGUUCAGGCUUGGUGGGAGACUCAAUCAGCUGAAUAAGACUGAAAAGCGCAAAGGAAAACCUUCACUUACCCACAUUUGUUGAUUAUUUAAAAGAAGAGAAUCAAAUCAAUGUAAAAGUUUGUUUUGUAUUUGCACUUUGCACCAAUCACAUAUCAUUAUUUAUUAGCUUGGUUCUUUCUGGUCGGCUGCCAUUUCGUUUAGGUCCAUUUCCCCUUCGGGAUUAUUUGUGCAUUGAUGUUUGUAUUUAAAGCGUUGAGCUCAUGUGUGAUUAUUAGGUUUUACAACCUCACAGUUGUAAGCAAUAUCAUGAUUCUGUAGCUGAUAGAGGUGGGGGGAGGAAGGAAAGGAGGAGAGGGGGGGAUGAAAUGCGAGACGUACUGUAUGUGUGAAGCCAUCUUGAUCAAAUGCGCACAUGCACAUACUCUAUCGACAGGUUCAACUUACGUAUCCAAAAAAAAAGGUUAAAUAUUUUUGGAUCUAUGAAACCCUAAAAACUAUUGUAUUCAUGUUUUAUUGCAAAGAUGUAAAAUAUGACAUGUGUGAGUUGAAAAAAAAAAAUCAUGAUAAGAAAAAUAAAAUAUGCAAAGAA